AUGGUUAUGUCCAAUAAAUGUCCGGGAUCUGCGUUUUGUUGUAAUUACGGUGCAUGUGUAAGUAAAAAUUCAAAAUGUAAUGGUAAGUACGAUUGUGUCGAUGGAUCAGAUGAAAAAUUACCUGAAUGUAAAAAAUUAGACUUAAGUAUUUCUUCAAGCCCUACAAGACCGCAACAGGAACCAGUCAGGCUAAAUGCAUAUGACUUCGAAGAUGCCAAACGUAAACUAAAAAAAUCUGAAGUCAAUGCAGACCUUAACACAGAUGUGGAAAAAGAAAAAAAAAGCCGAAAAAAGUGGAAGAAAAAAAAAACAUUUGUUAGUUCUAGUGACAAUCCUGAACCUUAA